GUUUGUAUUUGGUGAAUGAAGAGUGGAAAAUGAGACUCUAAACCAAACAUUUUGCCACACAUUAAGGCAUCAUUGUUCAUAACCACUCAACCAAACACUUUGAUUUAGUAAUACUAAUACUAAGUUUUCGUUGACUCUCCACAAGCUCAGGCAGAAGAACAAACACCUUCUUCUGUCUGUUACUCGUUAGUUUUUCACAUCCUUCUGUACAUCUCAACUAAACUAACAAUUCUCUCUCUUCCUGUGUGUGUGAGCGAUAGAUAAAUUAGCAUUAACAAGGGACAUGGUUGGACCUGCGAGGCCUCAAUUUGUUCUCUUUGGAUCCUCCAUCGUGCAACUUAGUUUCAGCCAUGGAGGUUGGGGUACCAUUCUUUCUGACAUUUACUCUCGCAAGGCAGACAUAAUAUUGCGAGGAUACUAUGGAUGGAACUCACGGCGUGCCCUCCAGGUCCUUGAUCAAGUUUUUCCUAAGGAUGCUGCUACACAGCCUUCUCUGGUGAUAGUUUAUUUUGGAGGUAAUGAUUCCAUGGGUCCUCACUCGUCUGGUCUCGGCCCUCACGUGCCUCUUCAUGAAUAUAUAGAGAACAUGAGAAAGAUUUUGAUUCAUCUUCAGGGUCUUUCUGAAAGCGUGCGUAUCCUUGUUCUCAGUUGUCCUCCUGUCAAUGAGGAAAUAGUGCGUGGAAACACUAGUGGAAUUUUUAGUGAGCUGGUAAGAACAAAUGAAUUAUGUCAAAGCUACUCAGAAGCUUGUAUAAAGCUAUGCAAGGAACUGGAUGUCAAAGUUGUGGAUCUUUUUACUGCACUACAGAAGAGAGAUGACUGGAUGAAUGCUUGUUUUACUGAUGGUAUCCAUUUAGCAGCUGAAGGAAGCAAAAUUGUGGUGAAGGAGAUACUGAGAGUGCUUAAAGAGGCUGACUGGGAGCCAUGCCUCCACUGGAAGUCCAUGCCUACUGAAUUUUCAGAAGACUCACCAUAUGAUCUUGUUGCUGCUGAUGGCAAAACUACUUUGAAUCCUUCUGAGUGGACUUAUUAUAGGGAGGUUCAAUGGGACUAAGUUGUUAUGCCAUCAACUUUUAUCAUUUGCUUUGGCCUCCAUUCAGGAGCCAACCUUUUCUGCCACAUCCCACAGGAUUUAGUUAGCAGUUUUAUUUUUACUUUUUGCUUAGACAUAUUUAUUGCUUAGUCUUUCUCAUUCAUAAAGCAUGUUAUUUUAUAAUUCAACUGAAAAUGAGCUCAAUAUAAUUGAUCCUUACUUUCUUAG